GUACCCUGUCACUUGGCUCAGCGGCUCAGUUGUCAGGACAGUGCGAGGCAGCGAAGGUGCAACUUCUUGAUGUGUGUGAGCACCUUGAUCCCUGCAGCAACGCCAUCCAUUCCCUUCCUGUCUUUUCCACUCUGACAAGCCCCAGUUCCCUCAGCACCACUUGCAGCCAGUAAUAACCAUCUGGCCAGCCACCACAUAGCCUACAAUCUCCUAUGCCUAUAUCUUGGUAAUGAGGAAGGCGUGGGCUCUAGCGGUGGACACCCUAAGGCAGCAGUGGGUGAAAACAAGCAAAAUAAAGAAAAGUUUGGCUGUGAGAAGGUGCUAGACAGCCAGCCAUAGUGACGAGGAGGCAGGACCACCACCAUCACCACCACAGAGAAGUAUCCCCGCUUCCACUCACACCGUGACGUGCUACGCAGUCAGCUGUUAGCCCUGGGAGUCGUCAGCUUUGACCCGCCCACCCUGCUGGCGGCGGCAGGCGUCCACCCUCACAACAGUCAGCUGUGAUCCGCAUCACAUGUGUCUUCCUUAAAAAAAGUCACGUCAGCUGUCACGCCUGUGAUCGUAUCAUAGGACGUCAUCAGGGUUCAUAGAUCCUGAUCUCACGGCCCUAGACAAAGAAGAUGCAGUUUAAGGAGUAUAGAGUGGAAAGGGCUCCACCCUCUGCCUUCUACAUCCCGGAUUUCAUCACGGUGGAGGAGGAGCAGCACCUCAUACACCAGGUUUAUGCCGCCCCCAAGCCCAAGUGGAAGGAACUCUCUCAUCGACGCCUCCAGAACUGGGGUGGACUCCCUCACCCACGCGGCAUGGUGGCAGAACACAUCCCUGCGUGGCUGCAGCAGCACAUGGACAGCAUUGCAGAGCUUGGUGCCUUUGGAGACAAGCGGCCAAACCAUGUGCUGGUCAACGAGUACUUAGCAGGCCAGGGCAUCAUGCCCCACGUGGACGGCCCAAUGUUCUACCCAACCAUCACCACCAUCUCCCUGUCUGGCCACACCCUGCUGGACCUGUACACACCACGGCCACCAGACAACAUGCAGGAGGAAAUGACCAGCAAGGAGCAAGACAAUUCUGAAGACAGUCACACGUCAGCACCCUCAGCGUUUGAGAAUCGGUACGUCGGUUCUCUGUUCCUGGCCCCACGCAGCCUCCUGAUCUUGCAAGAUGACAUUUACACAACGUACCUCCACGGCAUCGCAGAGGUUGCUGAGGAUGUGGUGUCCAGGGAUGUCCUCAACCUACCCAACAUCCCUCACACCCCUGGGGACACUGUGCAGAGGGACACAAGGAUAUCGCUGACUAUUCGGCAUGUCCCCAAGGUACUCAAAAACAAGGUGUGGUUAGGGGGAAGUAGACGUUGAGCUGUCUUUAUCUUUCAUUCCUUUUUUUGCUAUAUUUUUUUAAUCUCUAAGUACGUAAGGGAAGCUGCAAGAAGACAUCAGGCCUAUACGUGUCAGUCUGUGUUUGAAGUGUGCCUCUCUCUGUUUCCACCUUCUAUCAUCAUCCAGAAAUUUGUCUGUGGGACUUUAUAGGGAAGUUUUGGUUCUGUGAGGUUAUUAUUAAACUCUUUUUUUCUUUCCUUUUCUAUUUUUGUGUAUCUCUCUCUCUCUCUCUCUCUCUCUCUCUCUCUCUCUCUCUCUCUCUCUCUCUCUCUCUCUCUCUCUCUCUCUCUCUCUCUCU